UUGGGGUGGUGGAAAGAAAUUGGAGUUAGUUUGGAAUGCACGGGGCCAAGUAAUUGGUCCUAAUGCUACAUAGUAUAUAAGUCAAGUAGGAAUCUUAGUAAAGGAUGGUAAUAAAUUACCACUCACGUACACAGAUUGGAGGGCCAUGCCUGAAGGAUCUAAGGAGAGAUUUUGGGAAGAUAUUAAGAGAAAUACAAAUAUUGAUGAUACAUGCAAGAAAGUACAAAUGAUAAGGGUUAGCAAAUUGUGGAGAAAUUGGAAAUCAAAAGUCAAGAGCAUGUAUUUCACUCCUUAUAGGAGGCACAGGUCAUGGCUAUUAGCACACUGUCCUGCAAGAGUUGAGGAGGAUCAAUGGCCUAUUUUGGUUGAUUAUUGGAGCUCAGAAGAUGUCAAGAAGCAAAGCAAGAUUAAUAGCAAGAAUCGAAAAAAACAAAAGAUGCCACAUCAAACAGGGCGAAAAGAUCAUGUGAACCUCAGGGAAAAGGUAUAUUAA